GGGCCCCAGCGGCCAGAAGUGCUAAUCCAGUAGGCUUGAUGUGGGGCCCAGAAAUGGGCCCAUGAACGAGCGUUCCCCGUUCGUUCACUGCACCGCGCUGUGAAAUACUGCUCUGAAGAUGAUAAAGACACACCUCCCUCCCCUAAUUGGUUUGCAUUUCCUCACAGCCUUGUCUUGAAGACAGAACGAUGCCAAAGAAAGCAAAGCCCACGGGGACUGUGAAGGAAGAGGGGCCUGUUCCCCGUAAACAGCUGAAGGUGGAGGCAGCUGGGGGGCCCUUCACUUUAAACUUUGACAGCCCCAGUGAUUUGUUUCAAAGUUUAAUUUCACCCAUCAAGACAGAGACUUUUUUCAAGGAAUUCUGGGAGCAGAAGCCCCUUCUCAUUCAGAGAGAUGACCCUGCGCUGGCCGCAUAUUACCAGUCCCUUUUCAAGUUACCAGAUCUGAAGAGUCUGUGCAGCCGGGGUAUGUACUAUGGAAGAGACAUAAAUGUCUGCCGGUGUGUCAAUGGGAAGAAGAAGGUUUUAAAUAAAGAUGGCAAAGUGCACUUUCUUCAGCUGAGAAAAGAUUUUGAUCAGAAAAGGGCAACGAUUCAGUUUCACCAACCUCAGAGAUUUAAGGAUGACCUCUGGAGGAUCCAGGAGAAGCUUGAAUGCUACUUUGGCUCCUUGGUUGGCUCGAAUGUAUACAUAACCCCUGCUGGAUCUCAGGGCCUGCCACCCCAUUAUGAUGAUGUCGAGGUGUUCAUCCUGCAGCUGGAGGGAGAGAAACACUGGCGCCUUUACCACCCCACUGUGCCCCUGGCUCGGGACUACAACGUGGAGGCAGAGGACAGGAUUGGGAAGCCAACCCAUGAGUUCACGUUGAAGCCUGGCGAUUUGCUGUACUUUCCCAGAGGGACCAUUCAUCAGGCAGACACUCCUCCGGGGCUGGCCCACUCGACUCAUGUGACCAUCAGCACCUACCAGAACAAUUCAUGGGGAGAUUUCCUUUUGGACACCCUUUCGGGGCUUGUGUUGGAUGCUGCAAAGGAAGACCUGGAGUUCCGGGCCGGCAUCCCCCGGCAGCUGCUCCUGCAGGUGGAAACCACAACUGCUGCAAUGAGAAGACUAAGUGGCUUUCUGAGGACACUUGCAGACCGUCUGGAAGGCACAAACAAGCUGCUUUCAUCAGACAUGAAGAAGGAUUUUGUUAUGAACAGACUCCCACCUUACUAUGUGGGAGACGGAGCAGAACUUUCAACUCCAGGUGGGCAGUUGCCGAGGUUGGACAGCAUAGUGAAGCUGCAAUUUAAGGACCACGUUGUCCUCACGGUGAGGCCGGAUCAGGAUGGAUCUGAUGAAGCUCAAGAAAAUAUGGUUUACGUCUAUCAUUCCUUAAAGAAUAGGAGAGAGAUGCACAUGAUGGGAAGUGAGGAAACAGAGUCUCAUGGACUUCGCUUUCCCUUGUCUCAUGUGGCUGCAUUGAAGCAACUUUGGAACAAUUCGCCUGUUUCUGUCAAGGACCUGAAACUUCCUACAGAUGAGGAGAAGGAAAGCCUGGCACUAGCCCUCUGGACAGAAUGUUUAAUCCAGGUAGUCUAGUGCCUUCACUGAAUCAAGUGUCUCGUGUUUUGUAUCUACACAGUCAAAGAAAACCUGAGAUUUCUGUGCUAGGGAGCUCCUGAUGGUCUGAGUCAACAGACUCGGCUGGAGGAGUGGUUAUAUACAAUUUUACCUAUGUCUGUCUCUAAUAAUGCGAGACCCACAUGUAACUGGUGGUCAUCUGGCCAUAUGUUCUCAUAGAGGCACGUGGAAGAAUGGCGAGAUUACUAGGUGUCUAGAAAGUGACAAAACCAUACUUUUGACAAGUUUAUUUAAUCCAGUGUGGUAGAAA